AUGGCCGGGGCUUUUCUUACCUCUGUUGCGUCGAAGCUAGUGUCGUCACUCGGUGAGUACCUGAUUGCGCCCAUUGGACGUCAAUUUGGGUACGUGCUGUGCUACAAGAGCUAUGUCGAAGAUCUCAAAGACAGACUCAAUGAGCUGAAGAAUGCAAGGAAAAGGGUGCAGCAAUCCGUCACUGAAGCCGAGCGUGAUAUAAAACCUAUACACACUGAUGUCAAGGAUUGGCUGGAGAAGGUGGAGGAGAAGAUUAAGGAAGCAGAAAUACAGUUAAAAUCUGGCGAAAAUGCAAAAGAUGCUUGCUUCCGAGGGUGGAUUCCGAACCCCAUGGUGCACCAUCCAAUUGGUAGGAAGGUGAAGAAGAUGACACAAGUCAUUCAGGGACUCCAUGAGAAAAGCCAAAAUAGUAACUUCCAAGAGGUCUACCAUGAGAGUACUCCUAUAGGAAUUGUCACUGCUACCAUGUCCGCUGCAAGAUCUGUUGACAAGAAUGACGUCCUGGAGUCGAGGGCUUCAAUCAUAGAGGCUGUAAUGAAGGCUUUAGCUAAUGACAAGGUUUGCGUGAUUGGGGUGCAUGGAAUAGGCGGGGUUGGCAAGUCCAAGCUUUUGGAGGACAUCGAAUGGCGAGUUAAGGAAGAGAAGUUGUUCGACGUGGUUGCCACGGCAAAUGUAUCACGCAAUUCAGAUCUGAAAAGAAUCCAAGGAGAAAUUGCUUAUGCAUUGGGUCUAAAAAUAAUGAAUGAGGAAACUGCUCGUGGGAGAGCAGAUCGUUUGUGUAAGAGGUUAGAGAGUGAUUCCAAGAAAAAUAUUCUCAUCAUUUUAGAUAAUUUGUGGGAGAAGUUAGAGUUGAAGGAAGUUGGAAUCCCUUGUGGAGUUGACAAUAAAGUAAAAGGCUGCAAGCUAUUACUGACGUCUAGAUACAAAAAUGUUUUGCGCAUUGACAUGGGCUCGGACGAACAAAUCCAACUCGAUCAGUUAAAACCUGAAGAAGCAGGAAGACUUUUUGAAAGGAUAGUGGGAGAAAAUGUUAAUGAUCCUGAGUUUAAACCCUUGGUGGAUGGAGUGGUCGAGAAUUGUAAAGGCUUGCCACUUCAGAUUGUUUCGUUGGCAAAAAGGUUGAGGAACGCAGAUUUGGCAGCAUGGAGGAAUGCUUUGGCCAAAGGAUCGGAUGUAAAAUCAAUGGUGGAACUAUAUUACAAUGACUUAAAAGAUGAGAGGAUCCAAUCAUUGUUCAUGGUUUGUGCAAUACACUCUGGGAGAAUUUCCAUGAAUGCCUCCCUUAUCUACUGCAUGGGUUUGGGUUUAUAUAAAAGUUUCAGCAAGACCAUCGAAAUCGCUAGAGAUGCGUUGAUUACAGACCUACAUAGCCUGCAAGACUCUUCUUUGUUACUAGAUAGUGAUGACAUGGAAUGGUUCAGAAUGCAUGACAUAUUCGCUGACGAGGCCAUCUCUAUUGCUUCCACGCAAUGGAACGCCUUGGUCGGGAAGAAGGAUGGGUUUAAAGUUUGGUCAAAGGAUGAGCUCAAAAAAUGCACCGCGAUAUCCUUCCCUUAUGUUGGCAUUGAUGAGCUUCCGGAAAGAUUGGACUGCCCAAACUUGAGGAUGCUUUUGCUACUCGAAAAUAACCCGUCCCUCAAAAUUCCCGACUUGUUUCUUGAAUCUAUGGAGAAGCUCCAAGUCUUGGACUUUACUGGCUUAUCUUUCACCUCUCUACCUUCGUCGAUUCGAUUCCUUGAAAACCUCAAGUCGCUAUGUUUGGAUUUCUGCUAUCUGGAGGAUGUGACUGUUCUUGGAAAGCUAAAAGGAUUGCAGUUCCUAAGUUUCAUCGAAUCUACAAUCGCUCGGCUACCCAAAGAAAUAGGUGAACUUACAGAAUUAAGAUUUUUGGACUUGACAAGGUGCGCCAGGCUCAAAGUUAUUGAACCUGGCGUACUUGGAAGGUUGGUUAAUUUAGAAGAACUAUAUAUGGCAGACAGUUUUGAUCAGUGGGAGGUGGAGGAUGAAGCACCACGAAGAAAUGCUAGCCUGGCUGAGUUGAAGAACAUGAACAAGUUGAGCACUUUGCAUAUUGCCAUUCCUCAUUCCACCUAUCUCUCAGGUGAUCUGCCAUUUGUGAAACUAAACAAGCACAUAAUCCAAAUUGGGAAUGUUUGGGAUUGGUCGGGUGAACACAAAGAAUCCAGAACUUUAAAGCUCAAGCUGGAGCCAGACAAUCUUCUUUCUGAAUACUGGGUGCAAAGAUGUUUGCGGAGAACACAGGAUCUCCACUUGUAUGGAUUGCAGGAUGGCGACAAUAGCAUUCCCAAUUUGUGCAUCGAAGGUUUUAAGGAUUUGAAGCAUCUUCACGUACAAAACAGCCCCUCCCUUCAGUAUGUUGUUCCCUCUGCAGAGAUUGUCCAAUGCACCGCAUUUUCAAAAUUGGAAUCGUUGUUUCUCGAGAAUUUAAACAACUUGGAGAAGAUUUGUUGCGAUUGUCUUGCCCCAGAAUCCUUUAGCCAAUUAAAGAUUGUGAAAUUGGAUAAUUGUGGUGAAAUCAAACAUUUGUUUCGUUUGUCUAUGAUGAGAGUAUUCUUACAGCUCGAAGAGAUUGAACUGAGCAAAUGUCACUCGAUGCAGCAAUUUGUCGCAUAUGAUGAGGCAGAUGAAAUUAGAAAUGCAGUUGAAGAUGAUCCCAAAGUGAAGUCAUGCAAUUUGCAUAGGCUGACAUUACGGAACUUGUCAGAGAUGACAAGCUUCUGUAAAACCAUGGACCAUCCGGUUGCAUUCUUCGGGCAACAGGUAACUGAGCUACAGAAUUUGGAAGCCAUAACCGUUAAAAGAUGCCAGUCAAUACAAGAAAUAUUCAACCUUGAAGGACUGACAGCCAAUGGGGACGUCGAGAUUCUGUCACGAUUGGCCAAAUUAACUAUUAGUGACUUACCAAGCUUGGGACGCAUAUUGAACAAGAAUCCAAGAAGAGCAUUGUGUUUCCGAAACUUAAGGGCACUGAAGGUGCAAAACUGUGGGAACCUGAGGUUUCUUUUUUCUUUUUCCAUGGUUGAAGCACUUGAGCAAAUAAAAGAAAUACAAAUAGCCAAUUGUAAAUUGAUGGAGGAAAUUAUGGAUGUGCAAGAAGAAGAAUCAGAGAAAGCUGCAAUCACCAACAUUAUAGGAUUCCCUUUGUUAACCUCCUUGUCUCUUGAGGAAUUACCAAAUCUCAAGACAUUCUCGUAUGGAAAGUACCAUAUUCACUGUCCAUCCUUAACAAGACUAACGAUAUCUGGAUGCCCCAAAAUGAUGACAUUCUCUUCAAUUGAAGAAAAGCAACGGCCAAUGGCAGGUGAUACGGAUUUACAACAAAUGUUUGGUUGUAUUGACCCUGGCUCGUCCUCGCCUGAUUUCUUCGGUCAAAAUAUUCUUUUUCCGAGAUUGGAGGAGUUGACGCUCUUGUCGUUGCACGGGUUGAGGAGGAUAUGGCACAAUGAACUCCCUGAAGAAUCAUUCUGUAGACUAGCAUCCAUCACGGUCAGAGAUUGUGAAAAUCUUUCUCAUAUUUUUCCAUCAACUCUAAUAGAGAGGUUCCAGAGCCUGAAAAUGAUUGAGGCGGUCAAGUGUACCUCUUUGGAAGCAUUAAUCGAACAUGUUCCUUUCAAUACUAACAAAAGCCAAAAAUGUCUGCUUCUCUUGGACUUAAAAAGAUUGAAGUUGUGGCACCUGCCAAGGCUGAUUGCGGUUGGGACAAGCAGCACCAAAGCAACGUGGCCUUUUCCUAAUCUGACUAAUGUUAGCUUGUGUUGUUGCCACAGUUUGACAUAUCUCUUGACAAAUAAUGCAGCCAGGACUCUUAAUAAACUUAAGAUGCUAGAUGUUUCUGGUUGCAAUAACAUGCAAGAAGUAGUUGCCGUGGAAGAAGGCGAAGAGCGAAAUUUGCAGGCAGUGAAGUUCUCGCAUUUACGUUCAUUGAAGCUUUGGUCCCUUAAGAGCUUGAUUAGAUUCAGCUUGGGAAGAUGUUCAUAUGACGGUCCAUAUUCUUUAUUUGAUGAGAAGGUCACAUUUCCCAAAUUAGAAGAGCUGCGUCUAAUAGGGAUUCAAUCAAGAGAAUUGUGGGAGAAUGAGAUGUCCAGUGGGUCCAUUUGCUGCCUAAAGGUCCUUGAGGUGAAGCGGUGUCACAAUCUCUUGAAUGUUAUUCCUUCAUCCGUGUGGAAGAGGCUGCUUCACUGUAUGGAGUCCUUGACGGUUGAGAAUUGCCCACGUCUGAGAAACCUUUUUACAAUGUCUAUGGCAAAAAGUCUGAGACAACUUCACUAUCUCAGUCUAGGUGGGUGUGAAGAGAUGGAGUACGUUGUUGCCAGAGAAGAAGAGAAACCUAACGAAGCAACCGACAUAAUUGUAAUUCCUCAACUUGUCACCCUUUAUCUUCACAACAUGCCAAAACUCAAAAGUUUCUGCCAAGGGAAGUAUAUUUCAGAGUGGCCCUCCUUGAAAGAGUUUACUGUUGAAGAUUGUAAAGCUGUGGAGGUGAUUCUAGGUGAUGCUAAUUGUAGAAAAUUAGAGAGCGGCGCUCCGAAGCAACCAUCGCUUUUGCUGGUCGAAAAGGUUGAAUUUCCUAGUUUGGAGUUGAUGAAGAUCUCGCACAUGGAUAACAUGGAGAAGAUAUGGCUUGAUGAGCUUGCUUCAAAUGCCUUUAGCAAACUCAAGACGCUAGUGGUGGAGUAUUGUGAGAAAUUUUCAUCCAUAUUUUCAUCUGCUACCAUCCUUGAAAGAUUCCAAAACCUAGAGAAGUUAAUUGUGACCAAUUGUGAUUCCUUAGAAGCGAUAUUUUGCAUCCAAGAGUUCAAUUUCGGCAAAGCCCAUUUUACAGGCAAUUUUCAAUUGAGAGAAUUAGUUUUGAGACAGCUACCAAAAAUGAAGCAUGUUUGGAGUGGACUUCCUCAAGGAGCUCUUAGCUUUGGACACUUAAGAUGCUUGGAGGCUUUCAAGUGUGAGAGUCUCAAAAUUUUAUUUCCAAGCUCAGUGGCAAAGAGCAUGACACAUUUGGAAGAACUUGUAGUAUGGGAUUGUGGGGUGGAAGAAAUUUUAGUGGAGGAAGAUAGAGGAGUAGAGACAAAUGUAGGUGAUCCCUACUUUCCACGAUUGACAGCCGUGACAUUUUUUGACUUGUCGGAACUAAGGAGCUUCUACAUAAAUAGUCAUACUUCAGCAUGGCCACUCUUGAAGGAAUUGCGAGUAAGACACUGCAGCAAAAUGAGGUCAUUCUCAUUCACCUCUGAGAUCCAGAGCUGCCAGGGUAUUGCUAUCAACCAUAACCAACCCGCACUCUUUUCUUUACAAAAGGUCAUUCCACAGUUGGAGCGAUGGACGUUGACAAGGGAGGAUGUUGUGAUGAUGCAGCAUGACAUAUUGGGAAAUCUUAGAGAGCUGGCUUUGGGAUGCUACCAUGAUGAAAAUGUAGCUUUUCCCUCUGACUUCUUUCUCCAAAGAUUCCCCAACUUAGAAGAACUUCGAGUAACCUGUAGUUGCUUCGAGGAAAUAUUUCCAGAAGAGGCGUUGGGACCUGGGGCACUUGGAAAUUUGAAGCAACUCUGGUUGACCGACCUGUGUAACCUCAAGCGAGUCUGGAGAGAUGGCUCCUUGAUGGCUGAAAUUCUUAAACACAUUGAAUCUCUGUUCAUUCGGGGGUGCCCCGGUUUAUCAAUCGUAUUUCCAUGUCCGGCUUCAUUCCAGAGCUUGAGGGAAUUAGAAGUAUGGGAUUGCAGUGGUUUGGUUCAUAUGGGGACUUGCUCAGCUGUCACAAGCCUGGUGCACCUUACCCGGCUAACCCUAAGAGAUUGUGGUGCAAUGAAAGACGUGGUAACCGAUGAAGAUGAUGAUAGGACUGGGGGGGAAGAGAUCUUUUUCCGCAAACUGGAAGAGCUGAUACUUCGUGGUUUACCAAGCCUUGAGAGCUUCUCCCCCGCCGAUUGCGCCUUCAUGUUCCCAUCACUAGCGCGUACAACUGUGACAGAGUGCCCCAAGAUGAACAUAUUCUGCAAGGGCACCGCAAGAACACCAAAACUAGAUAAACUACUCCUCUCCGAUGAGGAUGAUGAAGGUCGUUGGGAGGGCGAACUUAAUACCACCAUCCGAAGCUUAUCAACAUGA